AUGGCCCCCGCCCGGGGCCGCCUGCCCCCCGCGCUCUGGGUCGUCACGGCCGCGGCGGCGGCGGCCACCUGCGUGUCCGCGGCGCGCGGCGAAGUGAACUUGCUGGACACGUCCACCAUCCACGGGGACUGGGGCUGGCUCACGUAUCCGGCUCACGGGUGGGACUCCAUCAACGAGGUGGACGAGUCCUUCCGGCCCAUCCACACUUACCAGGUUUGCAACGUCAUGAGCCCCAACCAGAACAACUGGCUGCGGACCAGCUGGGUGCCCCGAGACGGCGCCCGGCGUGUCUACGCCGAGAUCAAGUUCACCCUGCGCGACUGCAACAGCAUGCCCGGCGUGCUGGGCACCUGCAAGGAGACCUUCAACCUCUACUACCUGGAGUCGGACCGCGACCUGGGCGCCAGCACGCAGGAGAGCCAGUUCCUCAAAAUCGACACCAUCGCGGCCGACGAGAGCUUCACGGGGGCCGACCUGGGCGUGCGGCGCCUCAAGCUCAACACAGAGGUGCGCGGCGUGGGGCCCCUCAACAAGCGCGGCUUCUACCUGGCCUUCCAGGACAUCGGCGCCUGCCUGGCCAUCCUGUCCCUCCGCAUCUACUACAAGAAGUGCCCCACCAUGGUGCGCAACCUGGCCGCCUUCUCGGAGGCGGUGACGGGGGCCGACUCUUCCUCGCUGGUGGAGGUGCGGGGCCAGUGCGUGCGGCACUCCGAGGAGCGGGACACACCCAAGAUGUACUGCAGCGCCGAGGGCGAGUGGCUGGUGCCCAUCGGCAAGUGCGUGUGCAGCGCGGGCUACGAGGAGCGGCGGGACGCCUGCGUGGCCUGUGAGCUGGGCUUCUACAAGUCGGCCCCCGGGGACCAGCUCUGCGCCCGCUGCCCUCCCCACAGCCACUCCGCGGCCCCUGCAGCCCAGGCCUGUCGCUGCGACCUCAGCUACUACCGGGCGGCACUGGACCCGCCGUCCGCCGCCUGCACCCGACCCCCCUCGGCGCCGGUGAACCUGAUCUCUAGCGUGAACGGGACGUCUGUGACCCUGGAGUGGGCCCCUCCCCUGGACCGGGGCGGCCGCAGCGACAUCACCUACAACGCCGUGUGCCGCCGCUGCCCCUGGGCCCUGGGCCACUGCGAGGCGUGCGGGAGCGGCACCCGCUUCGUGCCCCAGCAGACCAGCCUGGUGCAGGCCAGCCUCCUGGUGGCCAACCUGCUAGCCCACAUGAACUACUCCUUCUGGAUCGAGGCGGUCAACGGCGUGUCCGACCUGAGCCCCGAGCCCCGCCGGGCCGCCGUGGUCAACAUCACCACGAACCAGGCAGCCCCGUCCCAGGUGGUGGUCAUUCGCCAGGAGCGAGCAGGGCAGACCAGCGUCUCGCUGCUGUGGCAGGAGCCGGAACAGCCCAACGGCAUCAUCCUGGAGUACGAGAUCAAGUACUACGAGAAGGACAAGGAGAUGCAGAGCUACUCCACCCUCAAGGCGGUCACCACCAGGGCCACCGUCUCGGGCCUCAAGCCGGGCACCCGCUACGUGUUCCAGGUCCGAGCCCGCACCUCGGCCGGCUGCGGCCGCUUCAGCCAGGCCAUGGAGGUGGAGACCGGGAAACCCCGGCCCCGCUAUGACACCCGGACCAUCGUCUGGAUCUGCCUGACCCUCAUCACUGGCCUGGUUGUGCUUCUCCUCCUGCUCAUCUGCAAGAAGAGGCACUGCGGCUACAGCAAGGCCUUCCAGCACUCGGACGAGGAGAAGAUGCAUUAUCAGAACGGGCAGGCACCUCCACCUGUCUUCCUGCCCCUGCACCACCCUCCGGGGAAGAUCCCAGAGCCCAAGUUCUAUACAGAACCGCACACCUACGAGGAGCCGGGCCGGACGGGCCGUGGUUUCACCCGAGAGAUCGAGGCGUCUCGGAUCCACAUUGAGAAAAUCAUCGGCUCAGGCGAGUCUGGGGAAGUCUGCUACGGGAGGCUGCGGAUGCCGGGGCAGCGGGACGUGCCCGUGGCCAUCAAGGCCCUCAAAGCCGGCUACACGGAGAGACAGCGGCGGGACUUUCUGAGUGAGGCGUCCAUCAUGGGUCAGUUUGACCACCCCAAUAUCAUCCGCCUUGAAGGUGUCGUCACCCGUGGCCGUCUGGCAAUGAUCGUGACCGAGUACAUGGAGAACGGGUCUCUGGAUGCCUUCCUGAGGACGCACGACGGCCAGUUCACCAUCGUGCAGCUGGUGGGCAUGCUCAGAGGCGUGGGUGCUGGCAUGCGCUACCUCUCGGACCUGGGCUAUGUCCACCGCGACCUGGCCGCUCGCAACGUACUGGUCGAUGGCAACCUGGUCUGCAAGGUGUCCGACUUCGGGCUCUCCCGGGUGCUGGAGGACGACCCUGAUGCUGCCUACACCACCACGGGAGGCAAGAUCCCCAUUCGCUGGACGGCCCCCGAGGCCAUCGCCUUCCGGACCUUCUCCUCGGCCAGCGACGUGUGGAGUUUCGGGGUGGUCAUGUGGGAGGUGCUGGCCUACGGGGAGCGGCCCUACUGGAACAUGACGAACCGGGACGUCAUCAGCUCCGUGGAGGAGGGCUACCGCCUGCCCGCACCCAUGGGCUGCCCCCACGCGCUGCACCAGCUCAUGCUUGACUGCUGGCAUAAAGACCGCACCCAGCGGCCCCGCUUCUCGCAGAUCGUCAGCGUCCUGGACUCGCUCAUCCACAGCCCUGAGAGUCUCAGGGCCACGGCCACCGUGCACAGGUGUCCGCCCCCCGCCUUUGCCCGGAGCUGCUUUGACCUCCGAGGGGGCGGGGGUGGCAGCGGGGGCCUCACCGUGGGAGACUGGCUGGACUCCAUCCGCAUGGGCCGCUACCGGGACCACUUCGCUGCCGGGGGUUACUCCUCCCUGGGCAUGGUGCUCCGUAUGAAUGCUCAGGACGUGCGUGCCCUGGGCAUCACCCUCAUGGGCCACCAGAAGAAGAUCCUGGGCAGCAUCCAGACCAUGAGGGCCCAGCUGACCAGCACCCAGGGGCCCCGCCGGCACCUCUGACCUAAACCCAGCCAGCCCCUGGGCCCGCCUGCUGUCAGCGGCGGCGGACUCGCGAGGUGGGCGGUCCCAGGCCUCUGCCCUUCCGCCUCAGCUGCCUUCCGCUCAGGUGCCAGGGAGACCGAGGAUUCCGCUGCAAGACCCGGACUUAUCUGGGGUCAGGCCACCUGGGAAGGGACUUUGGCGCCCAGCAGAGGGCAGAGGGCCUUCUCUUUCCCAGGAGCUGGAGCGUCAAGGCCCCUGAGAUGUCGCUCACCUGCCUCCGUGUGCGCGCAGGACUGUGUGUGCGCACUCACCUUCUCACGAGGUCGUGGGAGCCCUGGUGAGCAUGUGUGAUCCUGUGUGUGUGUGUCCAUUUUUCAGGUCCCCCAUGGAUGUGUGUGAGUUCCGGUGACUGUGCUUAUUCGUUAAGGCUGGACGCGCGUGUGUGUGACUGUGGAGGGCGUGUCACGAGCGUGAGGAUGUGUGAGAAAGGAGCGCCGUGUGACACAUUGCCCCUCGAAUGUGGGCCCGGGUCCCAGCACCCACGGGGGCUGGGCGAGGCUCAGCCCCUCCCGCACACCUGGAGUCCGGAGCCAGGGGCUACUUCCGAACCUCACCAGCACCAGGCCCACCCUAGUUCUCAGCCCGGGUGGGCCCACCCCCGGCUCUAUCUCAGGUCUGAGCCCUCCCUCUGGCUGGUAGGGGCGGGGGUCACCUGCUUCCCCCACCUGGCUCCCUUCACUGCUUCAACAGGAAAACAGGGUUCCCGGCCAUUCUCUCUGGCCACCUUCUGCACAGGCAUCACCACGGCAUACACGCGAUGCCCUCAGCUGAACUUGGCUACCUGGCCAGGGGCCAGGGGCCACCACCUUCCUCCCAUUCUCUGGUGCCCCUCCACCGCCCAGGGCUUCUCACUUGGAAGGGCCUCUGCCAAUGUCACUGCCCAGCCCUGGCCUGCCCUCCGCUCCCCGGCCCCAUGCCCAGGAUCAAGGACCAUAAGAUCCUAGUUUUUCAGCCCCAAGUCCACCCCUCCUUCACCUUCUGGGCAGACCAAGGGAGUGUGUGUGCCUUGUCCAAGGUCACACGGCAGCUUCAGAGUUUCAGAGCUGCGCCUCCGCCGGGGGCUCUUUCCCCCAAAUCCUCCCCCACAGAGGGCAGUGGGUGGGAGGGACUCGGGAAGCCCCAACCCCGCCCCCACCGACUCAGUUGACCCUCCCCCUUGCGGCCCACCAGGGUAUGUAAAUAUCUUUUUUCUACCAUGUCAGAAUAUUAUUUUUCCUCACUCCUGACAAUGCAAAAAUGGUCUUCAAAGCACAUAAAAAAAACAAAAAACAAAAAAAACAAAACAACACCCAGGGUGAGAAAGCCCCAUCCCAGGGGAAGCUGGCAGGGCCCAUGGAUCCCCACCGAGCGGGACACUCGGUGAGCCCUGCCAGCCCCCAGGGAGGGAAGAGCCCAGCCCCACCCCCCGCCCAGCCCUCCCCGUAGCCAGCACCGCUGUCCCGCGGAGACGCCAGCACUGAGCCCCCUCUCCCUCCUGCAAUAAUUCGGGGAGCCUCAGCCCCACCCAGGUGCCGCGGCAAGCUCUCUACACCUCUAUAUAUUAUAUUACUAUAUCGCCGAGCUGUUCUUCCUUCCUAUGGAAGUCGGAAACGUGGUCAGGACACGAUCCGGGGAGGACCCUGUCUUCCUCCCACCCCCAUCCCAAUUUCGCCCAGUUCCUGGACUCCGGAUCCUCAUGGUCAGGGGGCACACAGUGGGCCUGGCACUUGGAAAAGUGUGGCCCCUGCCCAUAGCGUGAGGUGCCCCAGGGACCUGCCUCUCUGUGGGCUCCAUCCUGAAUCUUGUACUUGCCCACAAGGAGAAUAAA